CGCCGCUCUCCGCUGUGAUUGGCUCAGAGUGCGCAGACAGAGCCAGCGCUCGCUCAUGAUUGGUUGGCGUCGUAGUUGCUGGCAGCUGCAUCACGCUGUGCGCCUAAGGGCAGAGUUGCCAAUCGUCCAUCCUCUCCUCUAUGCCAUGAACAGCGAGAGCUUCAGCGCAGGAGAGCGAGUCGUCUCCCCGGCUUACAUCCGCCAGGGGAGGGAAGCCCGGCGUAGCCACGAGCAGCUCAUCAGGCUGCUGCUGGAGACGGGAAAAUGUCCACGAGAUGCUUGGGAUGAAAGCACAAUUGAACUCUUCCUUCAUGAAUUAGCGGUGAUGGACAGCAAUAAUUUCCUCGGCAAUUGUGGCGUUGGUGAAAGAGAAGGAAGAGUUGCGUCUGGCAUGGUUUCCCGACGGCACUAUCGCCUUAUUCAUGGAAUUGGAAGAUCGGGAGAUAUAUCUGCUGUCCAGCCAAAAGCUGCCGGAUCAAGUCUCCUAAACAAACUAACCAAUUCUGUAGUGCUGGACAUUCUAAAGAUGGCAGGUGUGCGUACUGCAACAAGCUGCUUUGUGGUUCCCAUGGCAACUGGAAUGAGUUUAACCCUUUGUUUUCUUACUCUCCGACAUAAAAGGCCAAAGGCAAAAUACAUUAUUUGGCCAAGGAUAGACCAGAAGUCUUGCUUCAAAUCUAUGAUUACUGCAGGUUUUGAGCCAGUGGUGAUUGAGAAUGUGCUGGAAGGAGACGAGUUACGCACUGAUCUGAAUAGUGUUGAAUCUACAAUCCAUGAACUCGGAGCUGACAAUAUCCUGUGUGUCCACUCUACUACCUCCUGCUUCGCGCCUCGUGUGCCUGACAGGCUGGAAGAAUUGGCAGUGAUCUGUGCCAAGUAUGACAUUCCACAUAUAGUCAACAAUGCCUAUGGCGUUCAGUCUUCAAAGUGUAUGCAUCUAAUCCAACAGGGAGCUUGCAAGGGCAGAAUUGAUGCAUUUGUGCAGAGCUUAGACAAGAAUUUCAUGGUUCCAGUAGGUGGCGCUGUUAUCGCUGGUUUCAACAGUUCUUUUAUUGACGAAAUUAGUAAAAUGUACCCAGGGAGAGCAUCUGCCUCUCCGUCUCUGGAUGUCCUAAUAACACUGCUGUCACUUGGUGCGAGUGGAUACAAGAAUCUCCUGACAGAAAGGAAGGAACUGUUUGCAUAUCUCUCCAAUGAACUAAUGGUCUUGGCAGCAAAAUACAAUGAGCAGUUGCUGAAAACUCCGCAUAAUCCCAUCUCAUUAGCAAUGUCUUUGGGGAAUCUGAAUAACAAAGGCGGAGAAACCGUCACACAGCUUGGAUCCAUGCUCUUUACUAGACAGGUGUCCGGUGCAAGGGUGGUGCCGCUCGGGACAUCACAGACCGUUAACGGAUACGUUUUUAAAGGUUUCAUGUCACACAGUAAUGACUAUCCAUGUGCUUACCUGAAUGCAGCUUCAGCCAUUGGAAUUAAAAAACAAGAUGUUGACAUAUUCAUCAGGCGACUGGACAAGUGCCUCAAGAUAUGUAGAAAAGAAAAAGAUUUAGGGGAUGAACCUAAAGGCGCUCAGCAGGCACCAGAGGAGGAUGUCGCUGAAUUAACAAAGAAGCUCAGUCUCGUUACAAGUGAAGCUGAGACUUGACGAGAAUAAUUAGAUAGAAGAUGAAGGAUAUUUCUACAAACUGCAAUGCAGUCGGACUGGUCCUGCUUUUCUAAUGAAUUACAUCUACAAGGAUAGUAAGAAUGUUGGAAACACUCUUAAUUCCAUAUCCUAUGAUAUUUUACAACGGACAAGUUAGAAACAUCACAGACAGGGUUUGCAUAAAGGGUUUAUUGAAACCUCUGUGGAGUGUGAGACCAAUUUAAAGCCAAGACAAGGAACGUUGAUCCAUAAUUUAGGCCUGGCAUAUGAUAGCUUUUGCUCUAUUUUAAUGCAAUUUAAAUGUGUACAGUAUGUGAGCCCUCUUAUGGAUGAACUUUGAGAGCCAGUUUACGUGGUAUCCAAUUGGCCGUGAUAAUUUACUGCGGCUAAUUGACUUCUCCUGGGGCUAUCCAAUUAGCCCUGCUGCCGACACUAAUCAGGGAUUAUGCCGCAGACAGGUGGAAUCAAAUUCCUGAUAAGACCACUUUUUCCUGAUUGCGGACACAAAAAUAAAUAGGUCCGUGACUUUUCGCGGAUCCUGUGUAUAUUUUGCACACAAAAAAAAGGGGGAAUUUGGAGGGUUUUGUCUGGAGAAAUAGGAUUGGGCAAAAAAGAUCUGCUGAAAAGUUAUUUUUAAAAAAAAUCACGAAAACCCCUCAUUCGUGAUUCGUAGGCAAAAAAUACAGUAUGUUAACUAAUUGCACCUUUUGUAAGCCUAAACAAAGGUAAAUCUUGAUUUUCAAAGUUAAAUUAAAUAUGCUUAAUCCAGUGUCAGAGCUGACACAAAAACUAAUUUAAAGUGCCUUUUUUUUUUCUAUUUUGCCUUUCCGCUAAUUUUCCAAAAUCUUCAUUACAUUUGUUUUUCUUUCUUUGGUAAAUAAAGCUUUUUAAAUUAU